AUGGAGGUUCUACUCGGUAUCACAGGCAAAGACUUUGUCCUUCUGGCAGCAUCGAAGGCUGCUAUGAGAGGCCCUACCAUCCUCAAGGCUACAGAUGACAAGACAAAGCAACUAAACGAGCACACGCUUGUCGCUUUCUCCGGCGAGUCGGGAGACACCAUCCAAUUUGCCGAAUACGUUCAUGCCAAUGUCCAGCUAUACACAAUGCGAAACGAUACCGAGCUGUCCCCGAAUGCGGUCGCUAAUUUCGUUCGAGGAGAGCUAGCACGCAGUCUACGAUCGCGGAGCCCCUACACAGUCAACCUCCUUCUCGGUGGAGUUGACCCUAUUUCUCAGAAACCACACCUAUACUGGAUUGAUUACCUCGCUUCUUUGGCGCCUGUCCCGUACGCUGCCCACGGUUACGCCCAGUACUACUGUCUAUCAACGCUUGACAAACAUCAUCAUCCCGACAUUACCCUGGAACAAGGAAUGAAGCUCCUAGAAAUGUGCACAGAUGAGUUGAAGCGCCGGCUGCCAAUCGACUACAAGGGGGUUCUGGUUAAAGUAGUGACUAAGGAUGGCGUGAAGGAAGUAGACUUCGACAAUAACCGAAUUGUCACAAGUGCUUAA